AUGGCUGCCCUGCAGUGGACGGCAUUAAGUGCUGCUCCAACAGUCCUACUAGCUCUGGCCAUUAUCAUGCCAAUUAUCAUGGUGGUCAACCUUACCCGCCGCCUCUUCUCCAACGCAUCAUUGCCUAACUCCCUCCCGUGGGUUGGAACGGGACAUUACACCGGCAUACGCGGUCGAGCAAAAGCGAACCUCUCCAGUGUCUUGAACUUGAGAGGACUACUAGACGAGGGUUAUACAAAGUAUUCCAAAAAUGGCCAGACCUAUGUACUACCGUAUUUCAUCAACGGUCCUCAGGUCAUACUCCCCAUGUCUCAGAUCGGAUGGCUUCUGGAACAACCAGACGACGUCCUGAGCCAGGAACAGGUCAACCGCCAGUUCCUGCAGGCGGACUACACGUUCCUCCACGCCAACCUGGUCAACGACCCAGUCCAUCCAGAAAUAAUCCACCAUCAACUGACCAAGAAGAUCAACUCCUUCGCCGACGACAUCGCCGAUGAGAUGCGAGCGAGCCUCGAAGACAACUGGGGCACCGACACAGAAGCAUGGCGUGAGGUGGACGUCUACGACACCAUGCGCGACGUCACCACCCGCCUCUCGACCCGCGUCUUCAUGGGACUACCGCUAUGCCGCAACCGGCGGUUCCUGACAGCGUGCAGCUCGUUCAUCCGCCAGGUCGUCCUGGCCGCAGCGGCAAUUAGCCUCUUCCCCGAGGUCCUCAAGCCGGUAGUCGCACCGGUGUUCACGCUGUACGACUACAUCCAGUACCGACGGUGCAGUACGUACCUCAUGCCGAUUAUCCGCGAGCGACUAGACCGGCUGAGAGACACAGACAAGCCGACGUUGGGGGAGUCUAAGUCGCCUAACGACUACGUGCAAUGGGCCAUCGACCACGCCCUCGCAAAACCCGUCGUCAACCCCAUGGAGCUGGACCCUCGCGUCAUCGCCUGCCGCUUCUCUGUGCUGUCUUUUGCCGCGAUCCAGUCUUCUGUCAUCACGCUGACGAAUACGCUCUUUGAUCUCGCCGCCUCGCCUAUGUGCACUGCCACGCUGUCCCAACUGCACGACGAAGUGGCUCGCGAGAUCGGAGCAGCAUCGACAUCGAAUACAACCACCACAACAUCAACCACCACUACAACCCCGUCCUCCUCAACAUGGUCCAAACCCACUCUAUCCCGCCUAACGCACACCGACUCAGCACUACGCGAGAGUCUCCGCCUCAAUGGCUUCAUCGAGCGCGGCAUCAUGAAGAUGGUCGUCGCGCCGGGCGGCGUCACGCUCCCGGACGGCUCGCACAUCCCGCGCGGCACCAAGGUUGGCGUCUCCGGGUACUGCGUGCACCACGAUGAUGACGUGUACACGGAUGCGCUGCGGUACGAUGCUUUUCGCUUCGCACGGGAUAGUACUGGUGGCGGUGGUGGUGGUGGUGGUAAGAAACCGCCGUGGGGGCUGGUGAAUACUAGUGAGACGUUUAUGGGGUUUAGUCAUGGGCUUCAUGCUUGUCCUGGACGCUUCUUCGCGGCAAACCAGCUCAAAACUGCGCUGGGCCACAUUGCGCUGCUGUAUGAGAUCGAGCCCAUACCGGAGCGCCCGGUCAAUAAGUGGUUCUUUGGACAUAUUGCGCCGCCUCUUGGCGAGAAGCUGAGGAUCAGGCGGAGGAAGAGCUGA